UCACUAUAGAAAUUACCAAAUUACGCGGAGCAAGACGAAUUCAUCGCGCCAGAAAUGGGUGAAAUCGGCCCAUCCGUUCUCAACUUUCGAGUUUGUAAUUUAUACAGGGUGAGGCAAAAAAACUGCAACACAUUUAAAACGCCAUAUAUUUUUCAUUUUUGUUUGGAAUUUUUUGAGUAAAACCAAAAAACGUCGGGAAUUUCAUAAACUUUCAGAAUCAGUUCAGUUUUUUAUGGUAUGUUACUGUUUGGGUGAAUUAUGAUCUUGAGACGGUAGAAGAAACCAUCGCUCGUUGCCCGCAGAGUGCUUUGUGGUAUUUUGGCUCAUUCUUGGAGAAGCGUUUGCUAAAGCUGGUCAAAACUAUGUCAUUUUUUAGGUCUAACCUUGGCCUUCAAAAUACCGCAAACGGAGAAGUCCUGCGCUUUUUGCGCCCAUAGAUAUUGACAGCCAAUGAGACAUGGAAAUGAAGUGUGAAAUGUUUCUUUACGCUAAUUUCAUGUCUCGGUUGCUUUGAGGGAAGGUACAGAGUCCUUUUAGAAUCUCUAGGGAUUUCGCAUGAAUUGUUUGCAUUUCUAGGACUGCAAUGAACCUUUUAAUAGCUUUAGAAACAUUAAUUUGUUGAUUUAUAUCGGAUCCACCGAACGAAAAUAUGCGAAUAAUGUGAAAAAUUGCGUGUUAUCGCAUCUCAACCCAUUAUCAACCCGGUUUAUGCGUCGUGGUGGCCAGCCGAGAGUGUAAAUUAUCAGCUGACUUUCCUGGAAACUAAAUCCCAUAUUUUUUUUCGUUUAAAAACUACAGGAUAACGAAUGGUUUCUCAUCAAAGAAAACAAAGUUCAGAAUUUCAUCAUUUGCGGCCAAGCGAAGCAAGGCCUCUUCACGGUCUCAAGACCAUAAUUCAUCCAAAAAGUAACAUACCGUAAAAAAAUAAACUGAUUCUGAAAGUUAAUGAAAUUCCCAACUUUUUUUGGUUUUAUUCAAUAAAAUCCUAACAAAAAUGAAAAAUGUAUGGCGUGUUAACUGUGUUGCAGUUUUUUUGCCUCACCCUGUAUAUAUAUAGGCUGUAGUCAACAAUAACCAUUAGUUCCACACGAUCAUUCCAAGCGAAUAUGUAAUUUCCUGUACAAUGGGUCUCUGUUGCGUUAUUCAAAAAGGUGCGUGCUACAAAAUGUUUUGAGCGUCAGUGGCAGGGUUUCAGGUCUGGCACGAGCGCAUAGCAUACAAAUGCAUGCAUUUGUUCAAUCACCAACUCUGCAUCGAAAGGUUUGGUGUUUAUGUACAAUCAAUCGUUUGAUCUGAAGUGCGAUGCAUUUCCUUUUAAAAGUAAUCAAAACGCGAGAGUAAUGACGAGAUUGGACAGAGGAUUGCUCUCAACAGCAAUCCCAAACAGUGAACGACCGUUUCUAAUUCUUGCUUAAUAAAUGUGGCCAUUGAAGCAAGCUACACUCGUUUCAUUGUGUGGUGUGGUUCUCUUCUGUCAAGGCAACAGCAGCGAAAUGAGAUUCGGAGAACAGGUUCAUUGAUUCGACCAUGGCAACCUGAUGAUCUUCCAGUUUGUCAGUAGUCUAAAGGUAAACGUCGUGACAGAUCGUGCCGAAGCGGCUGCUGAGAAUCCACUCUCAGGUUGCCGAUGUUUGUGUGAUUCCGAUUAACGGAUUGACACAACAAUUUCUGUGAUAGGGAAGAAAGCUCAUACGAUUGGUGAAGAUGUUCCUCUUCCUACCGAUAUGUUGCGAACUAGGAACAGUGCUUGUGGAGUUGUGAUGUCUGAUAACUACGAAGGAGUUGAGAGAUCGCCGCUUCGAACCAAACAAUAGCCGCUAUCGUCUAUGUUGCGCUGCAUUUUUUAGGCUUUGGAAUUUUGCGAAAGGACAAGAUUAAGAGACAAUUGGAAUAAUUGUAGUAUCAGUAAGACAGUAAGUGACAAGUGUAAAUAUACCAUGAGUUACGUGUAUUAGAACUUCUUGCUCUCUGUGCUUACCUAGUGUUGGUAAGAACAAACGAAUUAGAAUUCAAUUAAAUCACGGGAUAAUACAAGAAUCAUUAGUCCAAAAUUUAAAUUUCACUUCAAUACCCUUCAAACGUUUCUUGUUUUGUUGUUUCUUGUUUAACAAUUCCUAUAGUAUUGCAAAUCUUCAAUGAGCGCGUCGAAUGUAGAAACAAGUUUUAUUUUAAUAACAAAAAAGCCCAAAAAACUACACAAUUCUGCCAUCGUUCAAAUGUGAGUGUUCAACGGGACUUUUGCUGUCAGCGUCUAUCUUUGGCAGAAAAGGAGAACUCGUUUGUAUGUGGCUUUUUGGAUAAAUAUAAAACUUUUUAUUGCCUUUGGUUCGUCCGUUUAUCUGAAAUUGUGUUAGUCUAAUCUGUCCUCAUUUUCUAUUUUCGACACAUACAGUGCAGUAAUACUAUUUUUGAAUGAUAUCACAUUGAUCAAACAAACCAAUUCCAGCGAAGCAUUAAGCAAUAUAAAUGAGAAAGUGAUGCUCAUAUAAACAACAACAAAAUUCUAAUAUACUCGCUGUAGCGGUUUUUGCUUUACAUUUCAUAAUUAUUUUUUUCUUUUUUUAUGUUUUGGUCGGUGGGUGACAUAGGAAUCACAAAUGUUGCAGCAGUCGGCUACAGCAUCUAAACUAACAGUUGAACCAAAUCAAACAACCUGUUGAAUCAAAUCGAAAUAAUAUUGACAAAUUGAUAUUGCACGACCACUGUACACGAUUCGGUUCUGUUUAAAUAGCCUGUUUCUGUGCAUGCUCAGCUCAGCAUGGACAAUUACGGGUUUAAAGACAGUUACAGCUCUCCACCUACACCUUUACCUCGUAUUCCUAAGGUACUGAGGACAGCAAGCUGCAUCGAGAAUGGUUCCAUGAAGUUACCUCGAUUCGGCAAAAGAUUCAUUUUUCCCGUAACGCAACCCGAACCAUGGGAAACGAGUCAUCCAAGUACUCCGCCCAAUGGAACAUCGAUCGGCACCGAUACGGAUAGUGGACAUAGAAACGAUAUAACACAAAACAAUAGCUUCCGCCACGGUAUAGCAAGUAGUAGUAGUACGAAUAACGAUACGCCAAUUAAUGGUAUAAAUACUAGCAAAACCACUACUUCCUUUCCGGGUGGUUAUACCAACAGCGUUCCUGCUUUACCGCUGCUUAGCCAACCCGGCGCUCGGAAAACUCACGUUGAUAGUUACGAGUACAUGGAAGUGGGGCCUUCACCACCCGCGGAAAGUGCACCAAACUUUUAUGAUAGCUAUGACGAAACGUAUUCAGAAUCUAGCGCACAACUGUGCAAUGACAUCAUUCGCAUAUCGUUAACAGAGCAGAUGCGUCAAGCCGGAGGACGGUUGGCUCUCUUAGAGUGUUUCGAGUCAACCGAUCAAAUUGAAGCGGAAGAACUGUUUCGCAUCACGCCAUUUGUCUCCAACUUAUCAACAUCGCCCCAAUCAUCGUGUUCGGACACUAAUGUCGCUACUGCUACCGUACAAAAGACAGAAAAAAACAUUUGCUUCUUGUGGGCAGCAUUUUUGCAAAAAAUCUAUUUACUGAAGCAAUGCGUUCAUCUCGGUGCAGAAGUAUUUUUUUGUGAUAGUAACGGACUGUCCGCUCUGCAUCUGGCAGCAUUCAGUGGAUCCACUGAGUGCACUCGUUAUCUUCUUAGUAACGGUUUAGAUGCAAAUUUUCAACCCAAGUGGUAUACCCCACUGCAUUGUGCUGCCUUCGGCAACUCACUUUCCACCGCAGAAUUGCUAAUAGGUAACGGAGCACGACUCGAUAUCCCAACUAACAAACAUCAAUGUGAAGAAUCGCUUCUCCAUUGCGCCGUGAGAUCGAACGCGAUUGAUUGCUUACGAUUCUUCAUAGCAAAAGGAGCCGAUGUCAAUUCUCUACGCCGAAACGGCACUAACGCCAUCCAUCUCGCGGCAGAUCUUGGACAUGGACAAUGCCUUGCAGCCUUACUAGAAUGCCCAACAGCCGACACAAACGUACGUGUACGUCAAGGAGACAAGCAAAUGACGGCGUUACACUUAGCAGCAGACGAAGGAAAUCUCGAUUGCGUCACGCAGCUUCUAGCUCGAGGAGCAGACGUUCGAGCACGCAAUCAUCGCGGAUUCUCACCGCUUCAUUUGGCGGCACGCAGCGGUAGUACCGACUGUGUUGAAGCGUUACUAAAGCUUGGUGGGUGCGAUCCUAAUGUAACCGAUUUUGAUCAACGGACACCACUACAUACGGCCGUCAGUAAAUCGGAGUCUGCAGUAGAAAUGCUUGAAAUAUUAAUCGCUUGGGGUGCAAACGUCAAUCAGCGAGAUAUUUAUGGCUUUACUGCACUGCAUUUAGCAGCCUUGGAUGCCCUUGGACCAUGCGUGGAAGUACUCCUACAUCAUGGCGCAGAUGUAACAAUGAAAUCACGUAAAGGUACUAGCGCACUCAACAUUAUCAGUCGCAAGACUCCUGCCUCGCUGGGUGUCAUACAGUGUAAGCUCGAUGCAGCCAUAACUUUGACACACUCACAGGAUUCUUCUAGUAGAGAAGUGGAACUAGAAUUAGACUUCCGAAGUAUUCUGCAGCAUUGUCAUCCACGCGAAAUCAGUUACCUUAACACCUUUGUCGACGAUGGACAAAAAGAGUUUUUACAGCAUCCUCUCUGUUCUGCGUUUUUAUACAUUAAGUGGAACAAGAUCCGCAAAUACUAUAUCGCUCGCCUGCUAUUUUGCUUUACGUUUGUGUUAUUUCUAACGCUGUACGUUUUAACCGCGUUGGCUCAUAACUGUUAUAAUGGUAGCAAAGAUAUGAAGGAAACUAUACAGGAACAGGAGCUUUGUCAAAAGCAAUCAAUCUUUGGCGACAUGCUGCGAAAUAAUCCGUUCGUGAUCGAAAUGCAAUGGAUGGUGUUGGUCGCAAUCACGGUGCUCGAGAUAUGUCGCAAGAUUUAUGGCAUUACCGGUUAUAAUUCCCUCAAACACUACAUUACACAAACAGAGAACGUAAUUGAAUGGUUUAUCAUUCUUAGCGUGUUUGUCAUCUCCUACAUUUACACAAAACGCACAUAUACAUGGCAGAACCAUGUCGGAGCUUUCGCCGUGUUACUCGGGUGGACCAACUUGAUGCUUAUGAUUGGCCAACUGCCUGUCUUUGGCGCGUACGUUGCUAUGUACACUAAGGUACAAGUAGAAUUUGCGAAGCUGUUUAUGGCAUACUCGUGUAUGCUUAUAGGUUUCACGAUCAGCUUUUGUGUCAUUUUUCCUUCAUCUUCAUCGUUCGCUAAUCCUUUUAUGGGAUUUAUCACGGUUCUUGUUAUGAUGACAGGAGAACAGGAUCUAGAACUUCUGAUCAACGAUCCCGAUGGAAAAGAUCCACCAUUUUUACUGGAAAUCAGUGCCCAAAUUACCUUCGUUCUAUUUCUAUUAUUCGUAACAGUUAUACUGAUGAACCUCCUUAUCGGUAUUGCUGUUCAUGAUAUACAAGGAUUAAAAAAAACCGCUGGUUUGUCCAAGCUUGUACGCCAAACUAAGCUCAUUUCGUAUAUAGAAUCAGCGCUAUUUAACGGUUGGCUUCCAAAUUGGUUGCGUAAUCUUCUGUAUUAUACUGCACUGGUAUCGCCACAGGCCUACAGAGUAGUACUGAGCGUUAAACCUUUGAAUCCGGGAGAAUCACGGCUUCCUCGCGAUAUUAUGAUGGCAGCUUACGACAUUGCUAAGCAAAAGAAACAUUACAUGCGGAAAUGUCCCGCUUUCAAGCGCUAUAACGUUUCCUACGAUCCGAGCAUACACACAAUCAGUACCGCCAAUAGUACCAUGCCUAAAAUAGGAAAUUUCAAAGACACCGACGCUUGUAAAAUCAAUGGCCAUGGCAAAGAUCGCCAACGGACAAAUUUAAGCAGUACAGUGUUAACUGGUAAAGAUCAUUUGUCACAAUUUGGGUAUGUCUACGAAACACCGACAUUAUAUGGUAUCGCCAAUAGGUUAGACGACAAUUCUGAGAACAUUAGCGCAGUUCUUUCGGAGAUUGCUGAAUUGCGGACAUCAGUCGAGCAAAGCCAACAGAUGCUUCGUCAACUCUCGCUUCUGUUAAACAAAACUUCAGAGUGAAAGUUAAUCCUUUUUUUUCAGAAACAAUCCAAUUGCUUCAAAUACACAAACAAAUACAAAGAGAAUCUUUCUACACUGUCACUACUCUAUGGUCACUGACAAGUUUGGCAAAUAUGGCGUAAUCAAAUCGCAUUACAUGUAGUUUAGUGUUUUAUACAGACAUCUAUUGGUUUUGAAUAAAAAUACCCUUAAAAGCGGUAAAAUAGUUUUUAACAAACAAAUAAGUCGGUUCACAUUUGUUUUCUGAGCACAACCUGUACAUCCAAAAAAAUAUUUAUCUUCCGAUAUUGUAAGUUGACUGCAUAGCAAUGUCACGUGAAAUAUAACUGAAUACCAGACUGUUGAUCUACAAAAAAUCUUGAAAAAAAGGCGCCUUUUUUGAACCCGAAUUAACAUUAGUCCUCCCUUAAGCAAAUCAACGAAAAUUUUAACUCGUACCAAAACUGUAAUCGAGUACAUCUUGUACCAUUUUAAAUUAUGUGCACAUUGUCCAUUUUUAUGUAUAAUUAUCAUGGCGUUGACACCCGUUAAGAUGUUGCCAUAAGUCGUUAUGUGUAAGAUGUCAAACAAAUGGUUAUCAAUAUCAUACAACGCCGCAACUAAUCGCACGCAUUUCCAUUUAACCAAGAAUUACAUGCUAAUGUCUGAUUAAUCAGAUUGAUUCUAUGCUAUGCUCGCCUAAAAAACAAUCCAGCCCAAGAAAAACGAUGUUAAACGUGUGGAAUACAGUCGAACGCGGUAUCUCACCCAGGAAAGGGUUCUCGCCACAGGAUAAAUGAAUAAUGGCGAUAAAGGUUUCAACAGAACUUUCAAUGUUUUGCGUACCAAUUAUAUCCAAUUGAACGCAGCAACAUUGGUCAGCAGGAUAUUGUCGCCAAACGCAGCAUGAACAUCGCAUAUCCGAUAAAUGAAUUAAAAACGGAUGAACAGGUACAAAUGAAAAUAAUGAUAUUUUGCACACAACAUUUUUGACUUGAUUUAUAUAAUUACCGUAUUCAUUAGAUGAGAGUGGGAAUAGCAAAAAUUAUCCUCCAAAACAUCAACCUGUGUAACAUAUGGUAUGUUACAAAGCUUGACGCUAUGUAUAACAUAUGGUAUGUUAUGUAAUGAUAUCAAGAAAACUACUCUUGAAGGAAUAUAUUACAUCGACUUUUUGCUUAAUAUAUCACAAUUAAAAAAAGUUACGACCUAGUAAUGAAGCUAGUAAUG